AGCUAUGGUUCUCUCUAGCACUGUGCUUUACCUUGCUUUCUCCCGCCACAAGAUUCAUCAUCAUUCUCCUCAAUCCAACAACCAAAUCUUACGCUCUUGCUUGUCUUCAGAAGAAAAGAAGAGGGAGAGGAAGCUGAGCAAGAAGAAGAAGAAGAGAGUUCAAUUUGCUGAGAACGUCAAAGAGAGAAUAGAAAGGAGUGAAGAAGAACAGAGGAAGCAGAACAGAGUAUCAUCAAGAUCAACCAACUGCAGAAACGUUCGUGAAAUGCCAGCUAACAGAAUCGCUUUGUAUAACGGAAUUCUGAGGGACAGAGUUCACAGAAUGGAAUGUUCUUACUGAUGCUUCCAGAUUCAAGAACAAUCUUGUACAUUUAUGAUGGAAUUUUGAAAUUAUUCACCAAAAUUGUACUAACAUGCCUAUUACUCUGUCCCUCCUCUGUUUUCUUUUCUGUUUUUUUUCUUAUUUUAGUUUUGUGGUGAGGGUGUUAACGUCAAAGGAGUUAUAUUAAAAAAAAUCUGGGGUAUUCUUGUGGCUGUAGAUACAUACUGGACUUUCACCAACUCUGUUUUACAAUGAGUUCUAAAUUAAUGGCCAAAGUUUUUUCUUUCUCACUUA